AUGGCCAGUAAGUCCAAAUUUAUUGACUAUAUUGACGAAGCUUUGGAAAAAUCAAAAGAAACUGCGCUUUCUCGCUUGUUUUUCACUCAUCGGGGGAUUCCGUACCCAAUCACCAUGUGCACCUCAGAAACUUUCCAGGCCUUGGACACCUUUGAAGCCAAAAGUGAUGACAUAGUGCUCGCAUCUUAUCCAAAGUGUGGUUCAAAUUGGAUUCUCCACAUCACUAGUGAAUUGAUAUUUGCUGAAUCUAAAAAAAAGUAUGAAUAUCCAGAAUUCCCAAUUCUUGAAUGUGGGGACCCAGAAAAAUACCAGAGAAUGAAACAGUUUCCAUCGCCAAGGAUUUUGGCAACUCACCUCCAUUAUGACAAAUUACCUGGGUCCAUCUUCAAGAAUAAAGCCAAGAUAUUGGUAAUAUUUCAAAACCCUAAAGAUACGGCAGUGUCUUUUUUCCAUUUCCACAAUGAUGUCCCCGAUAUUCCAAGCUAUGGCUCUUGGGAUGAAUUCUUCAGACAGUUCAUGAAAGGACAAGUUUCUUGGGGAAGUUAUUUUGAUUUUGCCAUUAAUUGGAACAAACAUCUUGAUGAUGAAAAUGUUCAGCUCCUAUUAUAUGAAGACCUGAAAAAGAACCUGGCUGCUGGAAUAAAACAAAUUGCUGAGUUCUUUGGAUUCUCUUUAACUGGGGAGCAGAUUCAAACCAUCUCAGCCCAGAGUACAUUCCACGCAAUGCAAGCAAAGUCCCAGGAAACACAUCGUGCUGUCGGCCCGUUUCUGUUCCGCAAAGGUGAAGUUGGCGUUUGGAAAAAUUUGAACUCAGAACCAGGAAAUGGAUGCAAAAUUCAAAGAGUGCUUAGCAGGCACUUCCCUAGGAGCAAAGCUGAAGUAUGA